AUGGUGCCGACUGGGUUGUUCGGGUGGGCGUCGCCCCAUGUACAGCCGCUCACACCCGUAUCCGAGGUCUCGGAGCCGCCGGAGUCGCCGUCGCCGUACGGGGACGGGCCGGCGGGGGAUGCCGGCGUGGGGGCGAGGGAGGGGGAAGGCGCUGGCGCCGGAGAGGAGGAAGUGGAGGACGACGAGGUCGAGCCGCCGCCCGCGGCGGUGUCGUUCUGGAGGCUUUUCGAGUUUGCCGAUGGGGUCGACUGGGCCCUUAUGGCUGCUGGGGCGCUUGCCGCUGCUGCACAUGGCGCGGCACUCGUUGUGUACCUUCACUACUUCGGGAGGGCCCUGAAUUUGCUCGACUCUGAGCGGGUUGGGUCGUCUCUCUAUGGCCGCGGUGAUGAGCUGCUCCGGCGGUUUAAGGAGCAUGCCUUGUAUAUUGUCUUUAUAGCUGCUGGUGUUUUCGUCGCAGGAUGGAUAGAGGUAUCAUGUUGGAUUCUAACUGGGGAACGGCAGACUGCUGUCAUCAGAUCAAAAUAUGUUCAGGUUUUGCUAAAUCAAGACAUGAGUUUUUUUGAUACAUAUGGUAACAACGGAGAUAUUGUUAGUCAAGUGCUCAGUGAUGUAUUGCUCAUUCAGUCAGCUAUAAGCGAGAAAGUUGGGAACUACAUACAUAAUAUGGCUACAUUUGUUGGUGGUCUCAUUGUUGGCCUUCUGAAUUGUUGGCAAAUAGCACUUCUAACUCUUGCCACUGGACCCUUGAUUGUUGCAGCAGGAGGAAUAUCUAACAUAUUUCUUCAUAGGCUGGCUGAAAACAUUCAAGAUGCAUAUGCUGAAGCAGCUAGCAUUGCUGAACAGGCCAUCUCAUACAUCAGGACACUGUAUGCUUUUACAAAUGAAACUCUUGCAAAGUACUCCUAUGCUACCUCACUUCAAGCCACACUUAGAUAUGGAAUUUUGAUUAGCCUUGUCCAAGGGAUUGGUCUUGGAUUUACAUAUGGACUUGCCAUUUGCUCUUGUGCUUUGCAACUUUGGGUUGGAAGACAUCUGAUCCAUCGCAGAAAAGCUGAUGGCGGUGAAGUUGUGGUAGCUUUAUUCUCUGUAAUUCUGAGCGGCCUUGGUUUGAAUCAAGCAGCUACAAACUUCUAUUCAUUUGAGCAAGGGCGCAUUGCUGCUUAUAGACUAUAUGAGAUGAUUAGUCGUUCAACUUCCAGCACCAAUCAAGAAGGGACAACCUUACCCCAGGUGCAGGGGAAUAUUGAAUUUCGAAAUGUGUACUUUAGCUACCUGUCUCGUCCUGAAAUCCCAAUAUUAAGUGGUUUCUUCCUCACUGUACCGGCGAGAAAAACUGUGGCACUUGUUGGUAGAAAUGGCUCGGGGAAAAGCAGUAUAAUUCCUCUGAUGGAGAGAUUCUAUGACCCAACAUUAGGUGAAGUUCUUUUGGAUGGGGAAAACAUAAAAAAUUUGAAAGUAGAAUGGUUAAGAAGCCAAAUUGGUCUGGUGACACAAGAACCAGCCUUAUUGAGUUUGAGCAUUCGGGAAAAUAUUGCUUAUGGAAGAUCUGCUACCUUUGAUCAGAUAGAAGAGGCAGCAAAAACAGCCCAUGCCCAUGGGUUCAUCAGUUCACUUGAAAAGGGGUAUGAAACCCAGGUUGGUCGAGCUGGUAUAGCACUCACUGAUGAACAGAAGAUCAAAAUUUCUAUUGCUCGUGCUGUGCUUUCGAAUCCAUCCAUUCUGUUGCUUGAUGAGGUCACGGGAGGACUUGAUUUUGAAGCUGAAAAAGCUGUACAAGAAGCAUUAGAUGUUCUCAUGUUGGGAAGGUCAACCAUUAUAAUUGCUAGACGUCUUUGCCUCAUUAAAAAUGCUGAUUAUAUAGCUGUAAUGGAGGAGGGUCAUCUUGUUGAAAUGGGGACACAUGAUGAACUUCUAAACUUGGAUGGCCUUUAUGCUGAGCUUUUAAGGUGUGAGGAAGCAACAAAACUUCCCAAAAGGAUGCCUACCAAGAACAACAGGGAGCGUAAGUCGCUCCAAAUUGAGGACACAUCAGUGAGCCAAUAUUUUCAAGAAUCGUCCUCUCCUAAGAUGGCAAAAUCACCUUCACUACAAAGGACACAUGGCAUGCUUCAAUUUUGGCGAUCAGAUACCAACAGAAACUCUCAUGAUUCACCAAAGGAUCGAAGUCCACCUUCAGAGCAAACUAUGGACAAUGGGAUACCUAUGGUUGCAAUUGAAACCGAAAGAACACCAUCCAUUAAGAGGCAGGAUAGUUUUGAAAUGAAAUUACCUGAUCUUCCUAAAGUUGAUGUCCAUCCUAUACAGCGGCAGUCAUCUAAGAAUUCAGAACCUGACUCACCCAUAUCUCCUCUUUUGACUUCUGAUCCUAAGAACGAGCGUUCACAUUCACAAACUUUUAGCAGACCACAGAGUGAACGAGAUGAUACGAGUUCUGAACACAGUGAACUGGAUGAGGUUCAGCACCAGAAACCUCCAUCUUUUUGGCGUCUUGCAACACUUAGUAUUGCUGAAUGGCCUUAUGCUCUUUUAGGUACAAUUGGUGCUGCUAUAUUUGGCUCAUUUAAUCCACUGCUUGCUUACACAAUAGCACUUAUAGUGUCAGCAUACUAUCAAAUAGAAAUCCGUGAUAUGCGCCAUGAAGUGAACAGAUGGUGUUUAUUCAUAGUAGGCAUGGGUGUUAUUACAGUGCUGGUCAACUGGUUGCAACAUUUCUAUUUUGGAAUAAUGGGGGAGAAGAUGACUGAGCGCAUAAGAAGGAUGAUGUUCUCAGCAAUGCUACGCAAUGAAGUUGGAUGGUUUGACAAAGAGGAGAACAAUGCUGAUACACUGUCCAUGCGCCUCGCAAAUGAUGCUACAUUUGUCCGUGCUGCCUUCAGUAAUCGGCUUUCCAUAUUUAUACAAGACACUGCUGCAGUAUCUGUGGCUCUCCUUAUUGGAAUGUUGUUGGAAUGGCGGGUGGCACUUAUUGCACUUGCAACUUUGCCAGUUCUUGUCAUAUCUGCUGUUGCACAGAAAUUGUGGCUUGCUGGCUUCUCAAGAGGAAUCCAGGAAAUGCAUAGAAAGGCUUCGUUGGUGCUUGAAGAUGCAGUGCGGAACAUAUACACUGUAGUAGCAUUCUGUGCUGGGGAUAAGAUAAUGGAACUGUACAGACUACAUCUUGGCAAGAUACUAAAACAAAGUCUUGUGCAAGGACUGGCAAUAGGCUUUGGCUUUGGUCUCUCCCAGUUCCUUCUUUUUGCCUGCAAUGCCCUGCUUCUUUGGUACACUGCUAUUUCAGUUGACCAACAACGUCUGACAAUAGCCACAGGACUAAAAGAGUACAUUCUGUUUUCAUUUGCAUCAUUCGCAUUGGUGGAGCCAUUUGGACUUGCACCUUACAUUCUUAAAAGGAGGAAAUCUCUUAGGUCAGUAUUUGAAAUUAUUGACCGUGAGCCAAAGAUUGAUCCUGAUGAUACCACCGGCUUGAAACCACCCAAUGUCUACGGAAGCAUUGAAUUCAAGAAUGUUGAUUUCUCUUAUCCUGCUCGCCCAGACAUUCUUGUGCUGAGUAAUUUUAAUCUUAAAGUGAGUGGUGGGCAGACAGUUGCAGUGGUUGGUGUUUCAGGAUCAGGGAAAAGCACUGUUAUUUCUUUGAUCGAGAGAUUCUAUGACCCUGUUUCUGGCCAAGUUCUACUGGAUGGUCGAGAUCUGAAAUCAUUUAACCUUAGAUGGUUGCGUAGCCACAUGGGACUGAUUCAGCAAGAUCCAGUUAUUUUCUCAACAACCAUAAGAGAGAACAUUAUUUAUGCAAGGCACAAUGCAACAGAGGCUGAGAUGAAGGAAGCUGCAAGGAUAGCAAAUGCUCAUCAUUUCAUCAGCAGCUUGCCACAUGGAUAUGACACUCAUGUGGGAAUGAGAGGGGUUGAUCUAACACCUGGGCAAAAGCAACGGAUUGCCAUUGCUAGGGUGGUUUUGAAGAAUGCACCUAUAUUGUUGUUGGAUGAGGCCAGCUCUGCAAUCGAGUCCGAAUCAAGUAGAGUGGUACAAGAAGCUCUCGACACUCUGGUCAUGGGUAACAAGACAACAAUUCUCAUUGCGCACAGGGCAGCAAUGAUGAAGCAUGUGGAUAACAUUGUUGUCCUAAAUGGUGGUAGGAUAGUUGAGCAGGGCACACAUGACUCUCUGAUGGACCAGAAUGGUCUAUAUGUUGGAUUGAUGCAACCCCAUUUUGGCAAGGGCCUUCGCCAGCAUCGGCUAAUGUAA